UACGCGUGUCACGCAAUAUCUCAGAUUUCAGGCAUGUAAGCCGCAGCGUGUAAUUCUGCAGUUGCUGGUUUCAACAUGAAUUUCUAGUUAAUUAUUCAGGCACGGGAGUAUUCCUUGCGAAAGAUUAACGACGAGGCCGACUCGUCUUGCACAGUUAAACGGCGAACAGCUGAUCAACGAUCGAACGUGACCAAUUGACGAAUGAAACAAACAACAGAUCGAACAGAAUCCAAUAAGGUGACAAUAGUAGUGCUGAGUCAAAAGGAAGGCUACCAUGUGGCUCAUGCUGAUUCUAUGAGGAAAAGCAUCUACGAACAGGCUGAUGCUCUUGAGAAAGAAUUACCAUAUGUCGUAUUGUCCCAUGAACUUGAUAUCAAAAGUUCUUGGACAAUAAUUCCAUUGUUAGUUCCUUUGUCAAAUAAAUUUCCAGAUGUGGACUGGUUCUUCUUUUGUUUAGACAACACUGUGAUACGAUUAGAAAAGUUAUUAAACAUUCUUGGAAAAUUUAGUUUGUCUCAGGAUGUGUGGUUUGGACAUAUGCUUUACGAUCGUGAACCUACUAUUAUUCAUCAUUUUGCGCAGCACACUAAAAAAUUUAAGUAUCCACAUAUUGCAUCUGGAUUUGCCAUGAGUGCUACGCUGUUAAAAAGAUUGUCUAAACAAGUAUCUGAGAGUAAAGAACCAAAGACAGAUUUUUCUAUCGAUGUAUCAUAUGAAUUCGCCAACUUUGUCUUGAAUAGCACUGCUGUAAAGUUGCAUCAUGUAUCUAAACUAUGUAUUGUGUCUGCCUCGGACUGUGCCACAUAUCCCCGAUUUUUCCAUUCUUGUAGUUCUUCUGUAACUCCAGAAAAUAUUUAUUUCGCUGUUAAGACUUGUGCCAAAUAUCAUCUAGAGAGAAUCCCAGUGGUUAAAAACUCGUGGGCCAAAUACGAUUUGAACAUUGGAUAUUUCAGUGAUGCAGCCGACAAAAAUUUACGGGAGGCAUACAUUGUCCCGAACACUACUAAAGGACACUGCGCUAAAACUUAUGCUAUUUUGCAAGAAGCCAGCAAAAUGUUAAAAAAACGUAAUUUUGAUUGGCUUGCCAUUGUCGACGACGAUACUAUAUUCAGUGUGGCACGUUUAUUGAACUUACUCACGUGUUAUAAUCCCAAGCACUCGGUUGCGAUCGGCGAGCGUUACGGCUUUCGUAUGUGGGAUGGUCAUCAUGGUUAUCCAUACUUAACUGGUGGUGCGGGGGUCGUAUUAUCGGCUCCUUUAGUUCAUCUAAUGAUAGAACCGGGUGUAUGCACUUGUCCAUCUGCGACUACUCCCGAUGAUAUGUAUCUCUUUGGACUUUGUUUGCUGCGACUUGGAGUAGAAGUUGUACAUUCCUCAAUGUUCCAUCAGGCACAACCAGUAGAUUACUCUCACGCUUAUUUGGCAUCCCAAGAACCUAUAUCAUUCCACAAAUUCUGGUCGGUUGAUCCAGAAGCUGUGUACAAUGAUUGGUUUGCGGAAGCAGAUAGAGUUUUACCGAUUGCAGCCACAUCAAAACAUACAGAAUUAUAAAUACAUAUAAAAUAAAAACUUUUUAUAAAGAUUUGCAAUAAAAUUUUUUCUUAUUUUUUA